GACAUGCUGAACCACACCACAGUCCUAUGAGUAGUGCUCUACAGGCAGCCAACAAAGCUUGGAAGUGAAACUGCACCGACUUGUCCACUUGGUUUGCCAGAAGAGGGCAGGACACUGAUCUAACAACAGAGUUUGCAGCUUGUGUUUGUAAUACCCCAGGACAGUGGGGGACCUUGCUAUAAUGAACAAUCCUUAAUCCUGGGAUGUUGUCCGACCAUGACAGCCAGAAGGGAAAAAAGUUGCCAUGGAUCAAAAACUGAUAAUGGACCAGCAUUUUCGCAAACGCUGGCAGAAAACUUUUUAUUGUGGUGAAUUAGAACCAGAACAUACUCCUCUGGCUCUUACAGAGUUGUGUGUAGAAUACAUCCAGAAUUUGGCACCACACAAGCUGGAUCAUGUUGACCUUCAAUCUGCUUCCAUUCUUACAAGCCAGGAGUCAGUCUCACCAUCUUCAGUGAUGAUGAGCAUGAUAUAUGCUAAACGCCUCCAGCGCAAGAGACCUGACCACUUGAAGAGAAUGUCAUCUUCAGACCUGUUCUUUUUGUCAAUGAUGAUGGCAUCGAAGUACCUUUAUGAUGAGGGAGUAGAUGAAGAAGUUUUCAAUGAUGAAUGGGCAGAGACAGCUGGCAUGGAAAAGGAUGAUGUUAACUGCAUGGAACGGGAAUUUCUGGAUGCUAUGGACUGGGAACUUUUCAUCAAGAAAGAUGAAUUUGACCAAGCUGUUCUAUCUGUUGAGAGAAGCAUUGCAUUUCGAGAAGGCAUGAAACGAGGGUGGCUCUCCUAUACUGACCUGUGUCUUCUGUGGGAUGAUCCAAGGUUCCAGCUCAUAGCACAAAAUGAAGGGCUAGAAUGGAUCAAGGUAAUGAUGGUUAGCACAGUAGCCUAUGUUGCAGCAGUGCUGACUAUGGUUGGUUCGACUGUCCUUGUUGCAAAUAUGUCCCUUGUCUUGGCUUCUUCCGGAAUGUUGCCUGCCUCACUCCACACAGUACAGACACCUGUUCCAUUCCAACCUCUUCUUCCCACCCAGGAACAGCCAAUCUAUGCUGUGUCACCAAGGGAUCGUUCUGCUUUGCUAAACGAGACAGCCAUAAAUCCAGAAGAGGGUUCAGAUUCUGCUGAAUCAGAGAUGCCUGGCACCACAGUUUUGGACACCAUCAUGUCACAGUUGAUGGCUGUGCUCACCCUUAAGUCACAUAUGCUACAGUUUGUCCAAGCAGUGUCUGACAACUUCACUAAUGAUAGGUUGCAUUUAAGUGCAAAAAAACACUCUUGGCCAGCAACAUCACUUGCACCACCAGCUCAGGUACCAUCAGGGCAUUGGGAAUCGAAAACCAAGAGAUGCUGCAAUGCUGGAAGCCCGUUUUCUUCCUGUUUCCAAAUAAUAGAGAGAAUGUCAUCUUCCACUGAUCUUGAAAGAUGGUCUGUAUUCUACCCUGGUUGUGACAUGGACCAAGUAAGAGCCAGUUAUGCUCACUGCUUGCUACAACAAAGUCUUUGCUGUCAUGAGUGUUCCCAUGGUUUGGACAGAAAAUCUGGCCAGAAGCAAGGAGAGUACUUGGAUGACUAUCAAGGCAUUGACUUAUCAGAGUGUUGUGAUUAUUCUCGUCCCUCAUAUAAAUGUGGGGUGGAGUCCAGAAAUCCAUCAUGCAGUGGACUGGAAGCAGAGACGAACAUGCCAUACUUUUUUCUAGAUAUCACGAUUGGCUUUGCUACCAGCAUGCCACCUCUAGUAUUUUCUACAUAACAUUUUGCUUUUGUUUUGUUUUUUGCCAGUUGUUUCAGGGCUGAUGUGCAUCCGCAUUAUAGGUACCACUUUUAUUUCAUAAUUCAUGGGUCCCCACAGGCAUGCUGUUCUUUUUCUGUGUAUGUGACAUCUGUUUUCAGAUCUGGCUGCCUUGCCAUGAUAUAGCUUUAGUUGCUGGUUCAGCUUAAAAUACCAAUUCCUCCCAUCCCCUUUGCCAAAGUUUAGCUUUUUGUUUCCCUAGAAAUUGACGGGUUAAUUACUUGUAUAUUAUCAGUUACAAGUGUAGACAAUUUAAUGUUUACUUAAUAAUUAUACUUGUAUUCCUAGUCCACAUUUGUAGUUAGACUACCAGUACCAUUUUUCUUUGCUUAAUCCAUCUUGCAUGACCUAAAGAUUUCUUUAGUCUACACCUCCUGGCCAGACCUGAUUUUUUCAAUCAAGAUGGAAAUAACUAGAGGUGGUGACUCAGGAGCCUCCUUGCUUGAUGACAUGGUACAUUUGUUUUAAACAGAUAACUUUCACAUGAUAAAGAUAAUUAUUUUCAGUAUAGAUCAGAAAUUAAAAUUCACUGUGGCUGACAAACUUGCAUAUUAAAAAGUUGAUGCUUGAAAUA